CCAAAGACUAGAAUGUACGGAGGCCAGGGAAGCCUAAAUAUACGAAGAAUUGAAUAAAAUUGACGUUUAUUAUUAUAUUACAUUGUGAAUGUCUUUUUAGGUUGUGUAUAAAAUAAUUGAUUAAAACGGUUUUGUUUUAAUAUGUUGCGCUUGUGUUAUUUAUGUAACAAGUUUUAGACUCGCCUCGUAAAUAUUUGUUAUGGCAGAUUGGAGAACUAACGAAAAAUACCGGAAACCUAGAAGAGCAAAAGGCACCCCAUUGUAUACUUACAGAAAUUACUUCGCCCUGGGUGUUUUGGCGUUUGGAGGAGUGUCCUGGUACUUACUAGAAUUGUGGCCCCCGUCACAACGACUGAAAAGGGCUUUCUUGGACGGUAGAUUCGAUUUACCAGAGGCGUUCGAAACGAAAGUUUUGCACAUUAAAAAAGGUUUUGAAUCACCAGAACUCGCACCGGUUCUAGCCAAGGCUAGAGAAAAGGAAUUCGAGAAAUAUGCCCCGAAAUUGGAAGACCCAUGGAUCGUCAAAGUGCUCAAGUCAAAGCCAGAAGUCUAAUGAUAAUUGUCCCUUAGAUAAGAAAUUGCCAGGAACGUCCAAAGACUCGGAGUCGCCUUAUAAAAAUAUUUUACAUGGGAUAAAUCGGGUCAGUUUAGCCAACGAUGCGAAUGAUUUUGCAAGCCCGAAAGUACCGAAAAAAAAGUCUGCGCCCAAAAAACCCGUCCUGGCAAAAAAGAAAACUCCCAAGAAAGGCAACAAAAAGAAAAUCAACCCGAUUUUAAAAUGUUUCGAGGAUAAUUCGGAAAAUAUAGACGUGAAUCCUGAUCAUCUGCAGAUGGCUUUGGCUCUUUCGCGAUCGACGUUUGCUCAGGAGAAUCCGGGGGGAGAUGCAGAAAGCCAAUCAUCGAUUUUAACUGCUGAAAAGAUACCCAAGGUUACGACUUUCUUAGAGAAAUACGGCUUUAAAUGCAAUAGAACCCAAGCGAAUUCAAAGUCUCGUUUGGAAGAAACUAAAAAGAAGAAAAAUUCAAAAUUUCGAUUCGUAACACCUGCUCUAUACACCCGUUCCGAAGAAGACAGAAUUUCACUAAUCAAUUCGAAAGUAAUUGCAAUAAUAGAAGAACAGAAUCAAUUUAAAAUUAUAAAGGAAAUUGACCAUUCUAAAUCAAUUAAAAGCUCUUAUCUAAAACAAUUCCAAUCUACCAACAAAUGUUGGAAUAUAAACAACGCGCUAUUUAGCAACGAAUUCAUUAUAAGUACACUUAAUUUAGAUCCUUCGGAAAAUACUGCGGGUUGUUUGUUAAAAAAUUGGGACGAUAUACAAGGUAGAGACAAAUCUCCACAGCCAAAUCCACUAAAUAAAGAAACUGCACCGCAAAUAUUAGAUGACAUUGAAAGAGAAACGAAAAAUAAAAGAAUUUGUUCAUCACCUGAUUUGUUUGAUGAUUCUAGUAGCGACUCAUUGAUAUUUACAAACAAUGAAUUAGAAAUAACUCCACAUAAUAAUAGUCAAAUAGAAAUAUCACCUUCGAAAUUGCAAACAUUUUGUACUAAUGAACCUGAUGUUUCACCUCAAAGCGUAGACCAACCAACUUGUUCAAUAGAAAUACAGAAGAAACCCACAAAAACGGGGACUAUUAAUUUCGAUUCUCUGCUACCAAAAGUGUCUAUUGAAAGUACAAUUGUUACAAACUCUAAAGUCCCCAGUGAAUUUGAAUCUACUUAUUUUAAAGACAUAAAAUCCGUGGAAUCUUCUCCUAAGCAGGACAUCGAACAAUAUUGCAAAGGCAUCGAGCAUUACGAGAGCUUCUACGAGCCUACCGAAAAAAAUAAUGAAUUUAUAGAUUUAACAUACAGCUCUGAUGAGGAUCAAUCGUGUGAAACAAGCGAUUUCAACAAGAAGAAUACCGAUCAAGAUCAACAUGAAGAAACUGUUCAGGCAUCUAAUGCAAGACCCUCGUUAAUAACUAAACGGUCCUCUUUGGAUUCCGGAAACAUUUCAUUGGAGUACAAUAGAACAAAAUCUUUGAAUGUUACUGAUUACGUUUUACAGGUGCUAAACUCACAAGAUAUGGAGGAAAUUGAAAAUAAUAGCAAGAGCUCUUUGUCGCAAGAAAGUACGGAAAUUGUGAGCGACGAGGAGCUAAAUUAUUCCAGCCGAUUCAGCGAAAGUUGCGUUAAUCCAAAAAUGUAUGAUUUAGAAACUGUCAAUGAUUGCCAUGAUUUUGAUGAUGAAGAUGCAAAAGAUAUACAUGAUGAUAAUAAAAAAUCUCCAAUUAAUGAUGAGGAAACAGCUUCAGUUAUGCAUAAAAUUGACGUUGAAAAACCUGAACCCCUUACAAGUGAUCAAGCUUGUCUCACACCAGUAGAAACUAAGAAACCUAGUUUAAACUUGAACACACCUGAUAAUAUCAUAAUCAAAACACACAAUGUAACUCCAAUGGCGGAUUACGACGCGAUGGACACUCCGAAAAUUCAAGAUGAAUUAGAUAAGUUCGGAAUUAAACCUCUUAAACGGCGAAGGGGAGUCGAAUUGUUGAAGUACAUCUACGAAUCCUCCCAUCCCAUAGUUGAUAUUAACGCAGCAACAAUAGAGUCGCCCGUUAAAAGGAGGAAAUUAAAUCCGGAUUUCGAAAACCAAAAACCCGAAGACAUUAAAAUCGUGGGAGCAACUCUUACAGAAAACGAAAACGAUGAUUUGCUGUUUGAACGGAGAUUUUCCAAAAAAAUAGCCUCUUGUCGGGUUCCAUUGCAAAUUGCUUGGUACAAUUUCCUUUGCUGUAAUCCCGUUUUAAAAGAAAACAUUCUGCUGUACGAGCCCAUUCAAUUGGAGGUGGUUGUGGCAAUGUUGAAUGAUCAGUCUGGUUGUAAAUUUCAUAUCGAGGAUUUAAUUAGUUUUUUUGAUAAAAAAUGCAUUACAUUCAGAACGAAUCAGUGGAAAAAUGGAAAAAAAAGAAAUCCAACUAAAUUGCAGGACUGAUAUAUUUUUCAAAUUUUUUAAAUCUUCCUGUUCUUCUUUACAUUCAAUGUUUAAAUUGUUCGUUAUAUUUGGCUUUAUAUCUAUUUACAAUUGGUUUUAAACAAAGUGUUUAGUAUUAAUUAUUAUGUAAAUAAAUUCAUUAAAUUGCCUUAUAGUAUUUUGUUCCUGCUGUUAAGGAGGAUUUUUCCUACUAUAAUUUAAUUUGAGCAAAUUAACAAGGUGUAAUAAUAAACUUGGAAAAAUCUACAUUCCUUUGUGGAUAAGGAGGGAAUUUAAUUAAGUUAUAUAAGGCGGUAUAUUAAAGAGUAAAUUAAAGGUGCAUAUUUUUUCGUAAUUAUGGAAGAAUGAAAAUGAAUCCUGUCUCGACUUGCCCGCUAUUUUAGUAACAUUUGAUAACGGUUUAAUUUGUUUAUCAGCAUAUACAUAUUUGUCAUUCUAUAAGUACAUAGGCGCCGUUAAUAGAUGAUUCAUGAUUAUUAUACAAUAUACCAAAGUGGUAACAAUUUGAUAAUGACAUGAUAACAUAGAAACGACUGUUCAAUUUUCCUAAGAAUCAUUUUAUUCUCAUAUUUAAUUAUUUAUAUUUUCAUUCGAUGCUCAAUUGUGGAUUUUUUAAAGAACUGGACACUUGAAUAAUUAUGAAUUAUAUAAAUAUUAAAGUACCUACAUAUAUAGGGAUGUGGGUAAGUGCAAAUGUCUUUUGAGUAAAUUACAACUCCACAAUUUCACUCUUUCUUUUUCAUUUAUAUGAGACGUCGAAAGUUGUCUAUGUUGCACCUAUUAUUCACGAAAAAUUCGUAAUAAAAUUAGCAAAUUACAAUUCAUGGGUUAUUUCAUUGAAAUCUUGCCAAAAAAAGAAACCUCACUUAAAAUAAUAAGAUCACCCUAAACGCCUUUUGGGUAAGUAUUUUAAUUUUACCUCAUUACCAAUUAAUUUUAUUUUUAAUUCUAUAUUAAAUUGUUUUUUCCAAUUACCUAUCAAUCUCGUCUAUUUUUCGAUUUAAAAUUAUUCAGAUAAGCACAUCGUGCCAACAGAUUAAAAACUGUGAGCUACAGGUAAUUCUGACAACGUCAUAAUCUUGUUAAACAUCCUUCCCGGAAAAUAUAUUUAAAAAUCUAAAAAUAAGCCGCAAAAAACCCUGACACACAGUGUACCAACAAAAGAUAUAAAAAUAGAUUAGUCGGUCUAUAAACAAACAACCUUUGGUAAGAAUAUCUUUUAUAAAUUAUGCAACUAAACAUCAAACCUCAAAUAAUAAUAUUAACCAAAUAAAUUAAUCAUUCAAGGUACGAUGUAGUAUAUGCGAAAUUGAAAUUUCUCGACGAGGUCGAGACAAAGGUUACUUCGACAAAUGAACGCAAUGUUAAACAAAAUCUAAGGUAUUGACGUUUAUUUUUAGAUUCAAAUGUAUUAUUUUAAUUCGUUCGAGUGAUAUUUUUAAACGCCCUUAAUAAAUUUAGUUACAAGGAAGAAAAAACUCUGGAAUUCGGAAUAAUUUAGCAAACAAAACAAGAAAUGAAUAUUUUUAGUACUUAUUACGAAUGUUGCUAUAUUUAAUUGAAUUUAAAUGUUUGAAUAAGAAAGUUUUUGCUCCAUCGAAAAUGCCGCUAAAAGGUGUUUUAUUCGGAGGUCAAGCGUUGAACUUUCACCUCCAUCGAGGGUCUAGCCAGUCUGCGAUUAUAUCGAUUUUGCUUUCCUUUAACAAAAAACUAAAACCGCAAAUUGUAAUGUGCCAGCCGUAUUUCGACAUUUAUUGGAAAAUUACAAUCUAUUUUUUAGGUAAGCAUUUUCCCAAUUUCGGGUAAGUAGAGGUCUAGAGUUCAAAAAUAAUAAAUAAUCGAAAUGUUUGUGCCAAAAAUUGUUUAAAAUAAAUACCGACAUACAUAUCUCUAUGAGAUUGAUGUCUCUUCCCGGAUUUUCAUUGUGAAACGUUUGCCAGAAAACGAAAUAUGUUACGGGAAAACGUUUGAAACAGUUCAUUUUCCGGGAAGGUUUCACUAAAGCAUCAUCAGCUGUUUCGGGAAAUCAGAUCGUUAAAUGUUUCCACUGACAGUCUAUUUGAUACUUUCCUACAAAUUCGUGGGUGAUUUGAACAUGUAUCGAGAAUUAUCAUGAACAUUUUAAAUAGUAAUGCUAAUCGAAACGAUGAAAAAACGAAUAGAUAAACGUUUCCAUUUUCCCAACAUAACUUUUCCGACCUUGAAUACAUUGUCGAAUAUAAAUAAAUAAAACAUUACACGUUAAUUCCCAACAACCCAUCGUUACAACUCACUUUUAAUAGAUAAAGCUGUUUACAUUCAUACAAUUGCCAGGAAUCGGCGAUAUUCUAUUUAUCAGCAACUUCCUGAAAUUGUUUUCAUUGCCUCCGAUAUUGGAUACAUUAAAUUAUUGCAAUUAAUUCCAUCUAAUUUGGAUUAGAAUAACACAAAUCAAAAUUUAUUUCCGACGCAGAAAAAUCCGAAAAGGAAUUUUUAUUGAAUUGUUAAUGUAAACAUUUUCACGAGGAAUUAAAUUGUAAUGUUGCCAAUCACGACUGUCUGGCACUCGAACUCGAUCGCAAUUUGCAUUUUAUACGUAAACACUUACCACUGACAUACAAACGUCUGAAACAAUAGUGUUAUGACUUUCAUGCAAGUUGAUGUUGAUUCCUAAAUUGAACGACGCAUGUUCAAGAAAAAAUAAAUACUUUAAUAACUAUAAAGGAGUGCUUAACUUUCAUAGUCACAACAAUUGG